AUGGGCCCCGACACCUCUCUUCCCACUCUUUCUGUACCCAAGAGUCGCAAAGGCACAGCGACCAUCCCCAGUCCACCAAAGUCCCCCAAUGCGCCUCGCAGUGGCUUGCGAGCCCCCUCUUCAGCAUCUCCCGCUCCCAACAACAACAGCACACCUGCCGCCGCAGCUACCAAAAGCCUCCGAAAAACAGUUAGCAUAAACUCCUUUCCGAAGCCCCCCAAAGGCGACAACCGACUCGGUAACAGCAUGCCGUCCAGCCCGUUGGCUAGCGGUCGCCCUACGCGAAAACCGAAGUCAGCUCGGGACUCUGCAGCAAGUAGUAACAACCCCACGCCCACACCGAGUCUGUUAAACGGGAGUGCCGAGGGAAAAUUCAUUAGCAGUGUCCGUAUGUCUGAUGGUGUGUUGAGCGCAUCAUCCCCUCCUCACAGCCGAAGCUCUUCUGCCCAGGGAUCUUAUUCUACAUCAGCAACCACGUAUGAGGACUCAGCCGACGCGUCCGGCAGCAACUCUGAGAAACGAUCAUCCGCUGCGGAAGCGAAGGGCAACGUUAUUGUCAGCGUCCGUGUGCGACCUGAUCAAACAAAUGACAAUCACACUGACGGAGAAUGGAUGGUUGAUGGCCGGAGGGCUCUCAUCGCGUAUAGAGGAAAAGAAGGAGGCGAUUAUUAUUACGACAAUGUUUUCACUACUCAUGACAAUAAUGCUCGCGUUUACGACCAUCUCGCCAAGCGACUGGUUCGAAGAGUGAUGGAAGGUUACCAUGGUACGGUGUUUGCUUACGGCCAGACUGGUACUGGCAAAACAUUUUCAAUGCAAGGAACGGCAUCAUCGCCCGGUGUUAUCCCACUGGCGAUUACGGACAUCUUUUCUUACAUUCGCGAAACGCCUUCCCGCGAGUUCUUGUUGAGAGUGAGCUAUCUUGAGAUUUAUAACGAAAAAAUUCAGGACUUGUUGAGCAUGGCCUCAUCCAACGGCGCUGCCCCCCAGGAAGAGAUUAAGCUGCGAGAAGACAGCAAACGGGGUGUAUACGCUACUCCUUUGAAAGAGGAGAUUGUUCAGAGUCCUACACAGCUGCUGCGAGUUAUAGCUCGAGGUGACCAGGCCCGUCGAACGGCCAGCACGCAGUUCAACGCCCGAAGUUCUCGAAGUCACGCUGUCGUCCAGAUCAUUGUUGAAAGCCGAGAGCGUAUGCCCAGCGGCGGAAAAGAUGGCGAUGCCAAACGAUCAGGUGUCUUGCCUGGAGGUGUUCGUGUCUCUACCCUGAGUUUGAUCGAUCUUGCCGGUUCGGAAAAGGCUGCAGAGUCAAAGGAGCGAAGGCAAGAGGGUGCACAUAUCAAUAAAAGUUUACUCACUCUCGGAACAGUCAUCGCAAAGCUUAGCGAAUGGAAGGAUAAGGGUGGAGACAAAGAAGGCAAACAUCUGCCUUACCGAGACAGCAAGCUGACGCGUCUGCUCCAAGGAGCUCUCUCUGGUAAUUCUCUAGUCAGUAUUCUUUGUACGGCUGCACUUGGCGCUACUGGAAGCGCGGCAACUACGGCAAACCAUACCAUCGAGACACUCAACACUCUCAAAUUCGCAUCACGUGCAAAAAACAGCAUUGUCAGUCAUGCUAAGAAGGCUGAAGAGGCGCUGGGGCAGGGCGGCGAUGGUGGUGCCAGAGUGCUCUUGGAGCGAUAUCGAAUGGAGAUUCAGGAACUAAAGCAGCAAUUGGAGGCUCAGGCUACCCAGAAGAAUGAUGAGGAGAUUAAGGAGUUGGUUGAGAAGGACCGCGUUCAAGAGCAAGAGAUGGCUGAGCGACAUGAAGAACAAAUGCUGGAAAUGCAGCUUGCUAGGACAGCAUUGAAAGAGCGAAUCGAGCACCUGAACCGUCUGAUUCUCAGUUCCAAGUCGGCGGGUGUCAACUCGAAUGGCACCAUGAGCGCCCUUGCUCGGUAUUCACAGAUCUCCCUGGCACCGGCAUCUGCUCGAUCUUCCGUAGCACUCUCUAUCAGAUCGCCUUUGGAGCGGACAGCAUCUGUGGCGUCUACUUCUACCAUCGGACGACGGUCAAGCUAUGGGGCAAAGCGAAUAUCAGGCGAAGCCGAUAUUAUUGACGCGGAGGAAGACAGUGUCGGCGAGAAUGGGGAUGGAAUGGCUUCUCUGACAGCACAGAAUCGAGCAUUACAGGCCGAUCUUGCGGACAAAAACCGAUACAUUUCGACACUUGAGAAACGACUACUCCAAGCCCGCCGGGCAAGCUCCUCUAGGACAUCAUCUGGCUUCUCAGUCCCCACCAAGGGCAUCAUGGUGGGCGAGGAUCACAGCGUGGCUGCCUUGCUGAAAGAGAAAGACACGGAGAUUGCGGAUCUGCGCGCCAGGCUGGAUGACAAGGAUCGUAUGCUGGCCGCGUUGAGAAGCGCAGCUCGCUCACGAGAUAAUGCUGAUUCGAUAACGGAACCGCGAUCCCCCCAAUCACAGGAUGGCAUGCGAACUGGUCUUCCAUGGAGUCCUGCGAUAUCCAUAAAAGAAUCAAGGAGAAGAACGAAGAGCAUUGAUGAGAUGAACAAUAUGCUUGAGGAAAUGAUUCAAGACCGAGUCGAAACUGGCCAGAUCAUUAGAGGUUCUCGCGGGAGUGUACGACUGGCGCCUAGCCACCGGUUGGAAUCACUAGGGGAGCCACCAAGCGUGCUACCACCAUUGCGACGCAUCCCGACGCCUAUUGGAGAGCACAGUGAUGCUAUUGAAGCAGCAUCAUGA